GACUUAGAAUCCUGGUAGUGAUUGGUUGUGAGGCUUCGCUUGUAUCUAAUGUCAAUAAAAACAGAUUAGAUGUUGUAAAAAUAGAGGAGGGUCUUAAAAUAUGCUACCAGAGUUCCUUUCCAAGUAAUUGAUUGACUAGUGAGUUAUAUGUGGUAAAAAGUGCUAAGUAUUGACGAGCGAUGAGGGAGACUGUGUUCAGCUGAAAUUACUGCUUGUCAUCUGAAUGCAAGUUUUUGAGGGAUAUUUUUUGUUGAGUUUUUAUUUUAUUUUUUUCUUCUUUAUCUUGACCUAUGGAUUUUAAGUGUGUAUCGUGCACCAAACAGAUUUACGAUGAAAGAGCAAAGUGGAAUCCCAUUGAGUGCAGUGGAUCCAUGCAGAUCUAAAGCGUUAAAGAACAAUGAAUGCAAUUUAAUGAAUCUUUAAUGGAGGUGUACAACAACCUGUGGGAAAACCAUUGAUUUUAUUAUUUUUAUUUUAUUCGAUUGAGAUUAGCAGUGCUGAAAUUUUUCAUGUGACUGGUCUGGUGCAGUGCGCUCCGUUAAUUUUCGCGUGACUUAGUUGCUCCCUGGUGCGGUGUCCUCCGUUAAUUUUAGGUGUGACUAAGUGGCUCCCUGGUGCGGUGUACUCCGUUAAUUUUUGGUGUGACUGAGUGGCUCCCUGGUGUUGUGUCCUCCGUUAAUUUUUGGUGUGACUGAGUGGCUCCCUGGUGUUGUGUCCUCCGUUAAUUUUUCGUGUGACUGUGUGGCUCCCUGGUGCGGUGCUCUCCGUUAAUUUUUCGUGUGACUGUGUGGCUCCCUGGUUUGGUGUCCUCAGUUUACCUGGUGAGGUGAGUCACCAUCGUCUCUGAUUAUUGAUUGACUUGGGAACACCGUUAUCUUGUGACAGAGGACAAUAUCAGUUUCAUCUCUGAACCUUGUCUCCAUGUGUGUUCACAUAUUGAUUCAUCUUCUGAAAUUCGAUGGUUGAUCAGUGAAAUCUAAAGAAUUUACUAGGCUUCCAGUUCAAUAUACCCGUGCAUGACUGAAGCAGUAAUAGAGAGAUGUAAAGUUUGGAUUAAUUUAGAGAGUCUUGGGCAAGUGUUUUUGGCUGAGUUAUUGUGAAUUUUUUUUCUGGCCUGAAUUUCACAUUCCUUGAUUGGAUAGUCCUAAGAUGCAUGGAAUUUAAUCAAGUCUUGAUUGCUUGGCUGGGAGGAUUUUGUGGUAAUAUCAGAAACAUGACAGACAGAAACUUUCUAAGCUGUCACUUUAAUUAACUAUGAAUAGGAAUCGGAUUUCUGAGGAAAUUCUCUGAAUUAAGUCAUUUGAAUUGUUAUAUGUUGCAGAAGAAAGGUUUUAAGAUUCACGUGUUUUGAUGUCAGUGACUAUGGACUAAUGUGUGACGAGAUCUUACAUUCUCUGCUGUUUGUGACGAGAUCAUACAUUCUCCCCUGUCCUGAUGAGGACUCUGUGAUGUGCAGUGUAAGUUUGUUGAGGAGUUAUGGCCCCUGUGUUUGAGGGAACUAUUCGUAGCCCUGUGUUAUGAUAAACACAUUAAAACGGCUGUCUCUGCCGUACAGGAGAACAAAAACCGACACCUCUAUAAUUCCCAAGCGGCGAUCGUGCGAGCCUGUAGCUGCGUCACCUUACUCCUUUGUCAACAGUCAGGAAUGGACUCUCAGUCGAUCCGUUCCAGACCUCAAACUGGGAAUUCUGGGAAGUGUUCACAGUGGAAAGUCGGCUCUGGUUCAUCGAUACCUGACCGGUUCCUACAUGCAGGAGGAGUCACCAGAGGGAGGACGAUUUAAGAAGGAAGUAAUCAUCGAUGGUCAGAGUUAUUUGCUCCUGAUUAGAGAUGAGGGAGGCUCCCCGGAGCUUCAGUUCACACAAUGGGUGGAUGCUGUGAUCUUUGUCUUCAGUCUGGAGAACGAGAUGAGCUUCCAGACUGUCUACAGUUACUACGCCAAGAUGUGCCACUACAGAAACUCGGCGGAAAUCCCCCUCAUCCUGGUGGGAACUCAAGAUUCCAUCAGUGAGAGUAAUCCUCGUGUGAUAGACGAUACCCGCGCCAGGAAGUGUGCAACGGACCUGAAGCGGUGUUCGUACUACGAAACUUGUGCUACGUACGGACUCAAUGUAGAGAGGGUGUUUCAGGAUGCCUGCCAGAAGAUAGUACAGGUCCGGUACCCCUCACUACCUUCCACAAUUCCGAGCAUGCCCCCAGUCCCGAGCACGCCAAUCCACGCCCACCGAGCGUACUACAUCAGCCAACCAAUGGCCAACAAGCCGUUCGACACUCACAGUACAAGUAGUCAGUCUACGUCAAGCUCGGGAACCUUAGUCACCAGCAACAUGAGCAACACACCCAAUAGCAGCACACAGAAUGUGGCACAGGUUCAGCCCAAUGUGAAGGAAAUGGUCAAAGACUCAAGGCAGGAGAAAUCGGACAAGAAGAAAGAGAAGCAGACACAGGAAGUGGAUCAGGGAGAUAGGGUAGACCUAGCAACUUCCACGCCACUCUCCGCCCGUAAAAACAAGAAAUCCUCCAUAAUACAGAAGUCCAACUCCUUCAGUUCAUUAAGCCUUUUACAAGGGGCGACUGACAGCCGACAUUCAAACCCCUCCGUGACUACCCCAAUUCUCCAUCGGAAAAAUUCCAAGUUUUUAAAAUCCAGCUUUAAGACUCCUGACAGUGAAAUGGGAUCUUAUUCCUUUAUCAAGGAUAAAAUGGAUAAGUAUCUGAUGGAAUUAGAAAUUCAUGAGAACACUUCCCCUGUAACGCCAUCGGCCUCGCGAGUUGCCAACAAAGGGCGAUCCAGCCUAGUUCUUGAAAAAUCCGAUAGCAAAGAUCUUCCAACUCCCAGCAGUACGCCCACUCAGAGUCGAAAAAAUCGUCGCAGGUCUAACCUGUUUAAUCCUAAAAAUAAAGAAGAGGAAAAGAAAGGGGCUUUGGCAGAAGCAGAAAAACUAGGCAGUGGGCGUGUGAUCCCAAUCAAACAGGGAUACCUGUACAAGAAGAGUCAUGGACUAAACAAGGAAUGGAAGAAGAAAUAUGUCACACUGUUAGAUGACGGGAGACUGACGUAUCAUCCUAGUUUACAUGAUUACAUGGAUGAUGUCCACGCAAAGGAAAUUCAUUUGAUCCACACGACGGUAAAAAUUCCUGGUCUUCGGCCACGAACAACCAAGACUGUUCCAAACUACCCAGCACAGCAUCCCAACCAAGACGCUAAAGGUGAAAGUAAAACUAGCUUCUCCCUGAGUGGGAAAACAAGUAAAGAUAAGGAAAAUGUUCGUCUGACGGGAUUCGACGUCAUUCGGGAGCGUCACAACUCCAACUCUGAGGCUCCUUUCAUUAAUUCGGUAACAGGUCCUCAAGAAGGUGUUGCUAAUGGUGAUGGAAUUCUGGCCAAACUAAAUGGGAACAGUUUAGGGUCCAAAAUAGAAACACCGAACGUCAAGAAACGGCAUCGGAGAGCUAAGAGUGGUGGGCUCAAAAACGUGGGAGAUGGAGAUGAUUCUGAUGGUUAUGAGUUUAUGAUUGUCUCCUUGGAAAACAAACAAUGGCAUUUUGAAGCUGGAGAUUCCCAGGAGAGGGAUGAAUGGAUCAACGCAAUAGAACAACAAAUUUUAAACUCCCUCCAGGGAAAUGAAAUCAACAAGUCAAACAAGCGCACCACGUCUUCUGACCCCGCUGGGAUGCAAGCAAUUCGCACUGUCAGGGGAAAUAACUCCUGUGCUGACUGUGGGGCACCAAAUCCAGACUGGGCCAGUAUAAAUCUAGGAACAAUAGUUUGUAUCGAGUGCUCAGGAAUACAUAGAAACUUAGGGACGCACCUGUCACGAGUACGGUCGCUAGACCUAGACGAAUGGCCGCCAGACUUAGUAAGAGUGAUGAUGUCCAUAGGAAAUGGAGUAGCAAAUAGUGUGUGGGAACAUAGCAUAAAGAACAGAUCAAAACCCAGUCCAACUUCUCCUAGGGAUGAAAAGGAGAAGUGGAUACGAGGGAAAUACGAAACAAAAGAAUUUCUGCCUCCUCCCCCUUACCUAGACAUAGCUCUAAAUCAGCAAUUAAUAGAUGCAUUAGUGCGUGAAGACAUUAGGAAUAUUAUAUUAGUGCUUGGUCACAGUCGUGCCGAUGAUAUAAAUUGUCCGUACAGUAAGGAUGACGGCCGUACGGCGCUCCACAUCGCAGCUGCCCUCGGAAACGUGGUCUACGUACAGCUCCUACUGUGGUACAAUGCCAAUGUAAAGGUGGUGGAUCAUGAGGGACGGAAUGCGUUAUGGUAUGCAAAAAGUUCUGGUUCUAAUGAGUGUGUGGAACUUCUAAUGAACAAUGGCUGCCCGGAACACCCCACAUUACCACGGCGACGAGGAAGCAGUGCUCAAGCCGGCAAAAAUGACGUCUUUGAAAAAUUACCCGCCAGUGUUAUUUAACUGUAACCAUGGUUACUAUGUGAUUUAUUGGGUAUACUACUGCCAUUGUCAACCAUAGUCGUGCCGUUCAUUGGGAACUAGAGAUGAAAAUUCGUAACAAGUGUGAAAUCCAUGUUUAGUAGUACACAAAUGGCUCAAAUUUUCUUCAAGACAUACAGAAUUGAUAUUACAUUGAGAAAAGGAUUGAAGAGCAAGUUUUCUCUAUUUUUUAUGCAAUAUUGAUGCCUGUUUAAAACGAAUCUCAAAGAUAAAGAAAUAAUUGAGUUGAUGAGAAGUUCAGUAUUGGUUGUCGCGACAUUUUGUGAUAUGAAUCAAUGAUUUUAAAACCUUAGAAAUUCCCCGCUCCACCGUGACCUAAUUAAUAUAAAAGCUGUCUUUAGUAAGUCAAUAUAUCAAUGUAUUUACUGCAAUACAUAUAUUUUAUUUAUAGAAAUAUAUCAAAGACGUUGUCGAUAUUUAUUGAACGAUUGUGAGUUAUUGUGCAAGACCUAUGCCUGUCUGUGUGAUGUUGCGGGGCUUUGAUCAGAGGAAUUUGAAGGUUGAGAACAUCCCCUUUUUAAGCAUAUUAGAAUGUUAACUUUUUUGUAACAGUAUUUAUAUCUUUAACAAUUUAUUUUUCUUUCAAUUUUUACAUAGGUUGAUAUGCCAAUACUUGUGUGUGGAUGAGAUUUGAUAUCAGUAUUUAAAUUAUGAACACAAUCUGUAUAGGUCAAGUCUAAUCUUCUCUGUUUAUGUGCCUUUGUAAGGAAAGCAUCGUAUUCUUUUAAUGAGAGUGUUAUUGUUACUUCUUAGGUCUUCUUCUGAUCUUCUUAAUGUUUGAAUCAUUGUCUCUGAGAUGUUUUGUCAGGUUGUGAUAGACUGAUAUUCAGUAAUGUAUCAAAGAAAACAAAGAAAAAAAGAAGAAUUUACAAAUAAGCUCAGAUAUGGCUCCCUAGUUAUAAAAGAACAUAUCGGUGUGUCUAUACUCUAGUGUAAGCUGUCAAACAUUACAAAUUUUGUACAUAGGCUGAUCAUUUGUCCUAGGAAUCUUGUAAUCUGAUAUCAAUGGCCGUUUCGGCAAUUAUGUGCAAUAUGACCCGACUUCUGGUGGCAUUACUCAGCAUUUUAUGUCUGCAUUUCACAAGGUGUCCACUCAUCAUUUUCUGCAUAUCGUCAAAAAAUGUCAAGCUGGUUCAAAUCUCAAAGUUGUUUUCCAUCACAGUCCUGUGAUCUUGGUCUUCGUAUUCAAAUGUUCCACACAAAUUUUGGACCAGUUUUUAAUCCUUGUAGUGAAAUGUAUGUAAACCCAAUGAUGAAUUUGUGUGUGAAAUUUAAUGCUUUUUGAUUAAAAACGGCAACAAUUUGUCAACUACAUGUAUAUGUAAGACUUUGCCCCUUCUUCAUAGAAUUUUUAGCAACAUGUACAGUAUUUGCAAAACGGUCACUUCAAAGCAUUUUGUAUUCAGAAACUGCAUUAGUAAUUAAAUGUCUCCUUCUGUUAGUUGAUCAAAUGAAGAAGUCUUGCCGCUGUAUCGUGCUAAAUACUCCACAGCUUGUAAUUGUGCUUAGUCCCAUCCACCAUUGAACAGCUCGAGUGAGUGUGUGUGUGUGUGUCUCUGAGUGUGAAUGUCUCAUUGGUAGGUUUCAUGUGUAUUAGUGAACAGAAGUCACAGAAUUAAAGAAAUGGAAAUCUC